CUUUUUCUCUCCUCUCGGAUUAUGUCGCUCUACAGGCUACAGCCUUUUGGUUACUUGGAAAUUUUAUGAGCGUGAGAUGAAGCAGGAAAGAAGAAAACAAGGAGAAACGCCGUUUCAGUAGCUCUGUCACAACCCCGCACGCUCGCGCUUGCCCUUACUCAAGAUGGCUAGCCCUAAACUGGUGCAAUGAAGUGACAGCGCGGCCUUGGUUGCCAAGGAGACGCAGAUACCGGAAAUGCGGAAUUCGUGGAGGGCGCGCACGCGCGCAAAAGCCUCUGGCAAGAAGUCCGGGCGUCACAGGUCCUGACAGGGAAGAAGUUGUCAGGUCCUGACUGAGGAGCGCUGUGGCCACAGCACCUCCGCUUACAGGCGGCUCCAGUGGGAUGGAGUCCCAAGUCGUGAACGCCGGGACCGGCGAGACUGAGCAAGCCAGGGUCGGGGGUCCGAGUGUUGGCGGAGCUUCCCGGGAGCUCGCAGUUUCGGCGCCCCUGGGAGCCGCGCGGUGGAAGCUCCUGAGGCAGGUUCUGAAGCAGAAACAGCUGGAUGAUUGCCUUCGACAUGUAUCUGUAAGAAGAUUUGAAUCAUUUAAUCUGUUUUCAGUAACAGAAGCCAAAAAAGGGGAAACUGAAGAGGAAGCUGGAACAUGGGUCCAAUAUACAAGUGUCUUCCAUCCUGAAUACAGUAUAUCCUUAAGGUGUGCUAGUGGAUCCUUGAAUGUUGAAGAUGUUCUUACCAGCUUUGACAAUACGGGAAAUGUUUGCAUCUGGCCGUCUGAAGAGGUUUUGGCUUACUAUUGCCUCAAGCACAGUAAUAUAUUCAGGGACCUUGCUGUGUGUGAGCUAGGGGGUGGCAUGACAUGCUUGGCUGGGCUCAUGGUUGCUAUUUCUGCAGAUGUCAAAGAAGUUCUGUUAACUGAUGGGAAUGAAAAGGCCAUCAGAAACGUGAGUGACAUCAUCACAAGGAAUCAGAAGGCCGGUGUAUUUAGGACUGAGAAAAUAUCAAGCUGCGUUUUACGAUGGGAUAAUGAGACAGAUGUCUCUCAACUGGAAGGACAUUUUGACAUUGUUAUGUGUGCUGACUGCCUGUUUCUGGACCAGUACAGAGCCAGUCUUGUUGAUGCAGUAAAGAGAUUACUCCAGUCCACAGGGAAAGCAAUGGUAUUUGCCCCACGCCGAGGGAAUACUUUAAACCAGUUUUGCAAUCUAGCUGAAAAAGCCGGUUUCUCUAUCCAAAGACAUGAAAAUUAUGAUGAACACAUUUCAAACUUCCACUCCAAGUUGAAAAAGGAAAACCCAGACAUGUAUGAAGAAAACCUUCAUUAUCCACUUCUGCUUAUUUUAACCAAAGAUGGAUAGAAGACUAUGCUUCUCAAAAGAUGAAGAAAACAUCAGAUGCACAGGGAACAUUUUCACAAAAGUGGAAAUCUAGAAUUUGUCUAGUAUGCAGCGGACAUUGCUUCUCUGAGAUCUCUGAGCUCCUGAGACUUGGGGUAACCACCCCUUUUAACAUUCCACUUAUGGACUAUGGACUCCACCUGCCCUCACCCACACUAUUUCUGAGCAGUCUUCACCUCCUCUUUUUCA